AUGCCGCCCAAGAAAGGAGGCACGAACGACGUGGCCACAAAUGUGGUGGCAUUUGGUCGCGUGAGGAAGAAUCUGAAGAUGGGAUGUGUCGGCUUGCCGAACGUGGGAAAGAGCUCACUGUUUAAUUUGUUGACGGAGCAGAAUGCAGCAGCGGAGAAUUAUCCAUUUUGUACCAUCGAGCCGAAUGAGGCGAGGUGUGCGGUGCCUGAUGUGCGAUAUGAUUUCCUCUGCGACCUCUGGAAGCCCCCGUCGAUGUACCCUGCCUACUUGCAGGUAACAGAUAUCGCAGGUCUCAUCAAAGGAGCCUCCCAGGGCGAAGGGCUGGGAAACUCAUUCUUAUCGCACAUCCAAGCGGUCGAUGGAAUGUAUCACAUCGUUCGAGCGUUUGACAACGACGAGGUUCUUCACGUAGAUGAUUCCAUUGACCCUGUUAGGGAUUUAAAUACAAUUCAGAGCGAGCUAUGUAAAAAGGAUUUGGAUAUUCUCGCUAAGACUAUCAUCUCGGAGGAGGCAGUGGUGCGGAAAGCAGGUGGGAAAUUCAAGAUGAAUCCACUUUUCCCUAGCACAGUCGAGAAGAUCAGGGCUAUGUCAUUGAUAACUACGAAACCAAUCAUCUAUCUGGUAAAUCUAACCAUGAAAGACUACCUGCGACAGAAAUCCAAAUAUCUCCCUCUGAUCGCUAAAUGGGUCACCACUCACGGCGGCUUACCUCGUGAUAUCAUUCCAUUCUCGGUGGAGUUCGAGGAAAACGUGUACAAGAUGAAGAAAGAAGGCAAUGAGGAGGGGAUGAUCAGGUUUUUGGAGGAGAGUAAGGUAAAGAGUCGAUUGGAGAAAAUUGUUACCGAAGGUUUUACCAAAUUAGGUUUGCAAUACUACUUUACAGCAGGCGAGAAGGAAAUCAGGUGCUGGACAGUUCCUCGAGGAUGUUUGGCUCCUCAAGCUGCUGGCGCGAUCCACGGUGACUUCGAGCGCGGCUUCAUCAAAGCCGAAGUCUGCAGCUAUCAAGACUUUCACGACCUGUGUGAGGGUGGGAAGAGUAUGGGACCGAUUAAGGCGGCGGUUACGAAAGAUGUUACAUCUAAGAAAUAG